UCCCAGGGGACCCUUGGGGAACAGGGUCCUGCCCUGGGGAGCCCUUGGGGAAUGGGGUCCUGCAGAGGGGGUCCCAGGGACCCUUGGGGAACGGGGUUCCCAGUAGUUCCUGCUCCUGGGGGACCCCUGUUUGCUCCCUGUGCCGUGCCCCUUCCCCCAGGACUGAGAUCUUCUCGGGCAAGGCGGUGACCCACGAGGACAUCAAGUACGAGCAGGCCUGUGUCCUCUACAACCUGGGAGCCCUGCACUCCAUGCUGGGAGCCAUGGACAAGCGCGUGUCCGAGGAGGGCAUGAAGGUUUCCUGCACCCACUUCCAGUGUGCUGCUGGUGCCUUCACCUACCUGCGGGAUCACUUCCCUCAUUCCUACAGCGUGGACAUGAGCCACCAGAUCCUCAGCCUCAACAUCAACCUCAUGCUGGGCCAGGCACAGGAGUGUCUCCUGGAGAAGUCCAUGCUGGACAACAGGAAGAGCUUCCUUGUGGCCCGGAUCAGUGCCCAGGUGGUGGAUUACUACAAGGAGGCCUGCCGGGCCCUGGAGAACUCAGAGACAGCCUCGCUGCUGGGCAAGAUCCAGAAGGACUGGAAGAAGCUGGUCCAAAUGAAAAUCUAUUAUUUUGCUGCCGUGGCCCACCUGCACAUGGGGAAGCAGGCCGAGGAGCAGCAGAAGUUUGGGGAGAGGGUCAUCUACUUCCAGAGCGCCCUGGACAAGCUCAACGAAGCCAUCAAGCUGGCCAAGGGCCAGCCCGAAACCGUGCAGGAAGCUCUGAGGUUCACCAUGGAUGUCAUUGGUGGGAAGUACAAUUCAGCCAAAAAGGACAACGACUUCAUCUACCACGAGGCCGUGCCUGCGCUGGACACUCUGCAGUCUGUCAAAGGUGCCCCCUUGGUGAAGGCUCUGCCCGUGAACCCCACGGACCCCGCGGUCACCGGCCCUGACAUCUUUGCCAAGCUGGUGCCCAUGGCUGCCCACGAGGCCUCGUCCCUGUACAGCGAGGAAAAGGCCAAACUGCUGCGGGAUGUGAUGGCCAAGAUCGAAGCCAAGAACGAAGUGCUGGACCAGUUCAUGGACUCCAUGCAGCUGGACCCCGAGACCGUGGACAACCUGGACAUGUACAACCACAUCCCGCCCGUGCUGAUGGAGAAAUGCGCCGCGCUCAGCGUGCGCCCCGACACCGUGCGCAACCUCGUGCAGUCCAUGCAGGUGCUCUCGGGGGUCUUCACCGACGUGGAGGCGUCGCUGAAGGAGAUCCGGGACCUGCUGGAGGAGGACGAGGCACAGGAGAGGAAGCUGCAGGAGCUGCUGGGGAGGGUCCCGCCGGCCCCAGCGUCCCCCCCGGGGCUGGCCGAGGUGAGCAAGGAGUGCUCCAAGUACCUGGAGCUGCACGAGAAGGCGAGCUUCACCAACACCGAGCUGCACCGCGCCAUGAACCUGCACCUGGGCAACCUGCGGCUGCUGGGCGGGCCCCUGGAGCAGGUGCGGGCUGCACUGCCCGCCCCCGCGCUCUCCGAGGACGACAAACAGGUGCUGCAGAACCUGAAGCGGAUCCUGGCCAAGGUGCAGGAGAUGCGGGACCAGCGCGUGUCCCUGGAGCAGCAGCUGCGGGAGAUGAUCCAGAAGGAUGACAUCACCACCUCGCUGGUCACCACCGACCGCUCCGAGAUGAAGAAGCUCUUUGAGGAGCAGCUGAAGAAGUACGACCAGCUCAAGGUGUACCUGGAGCAGAACCUGGCUGCCCAGGAGAACGUGCUCAAGGCCCUGACAGACGCCAACGUCAAAUACGCGGCCGUGCGCAAGGCCCUGGCCGAGGUGGAGCACAAGUGGAACACGACGGUGCAGACCCUGGUGGCCUCCUACGAGGCCUAUGAGGACCUGAUGAAGAAGUCCCAGGAGGGGAAGGAUUUCUACACGGACCUGGAGGGGAAGGCAGCCAAGCUGCUGGAGCGGGCGCGGGCCGCGUGCCAGGCCAGCGAGGCACACCGGCAGCAGCUGCUGGAGAGGGAGCUGAAGAAGCAGCCGCCCCCCCGGCCCACGGCCCCCAAGCCCCCCCUGCAGAAGAAGCCGCUGGACGAGGCCGGGGGCCCCGAGGCCGCCGAGCUGGGCUCGCUGGAGCUGCCGGAGGAGCUGCGGAGCCUCCCCCCGGAGCUGCUACCCGGGCCCCUGGGCACACUGCCCGCCCUGCCCGGGGGGCUGCGGCCCGCCGAGCCCUACGUGCUGCCGGGGGGGGCGGCCAGCGCCCCGCUGCCCCCCCUGGCCCCCGCCGCCCCCUUCCCGGGGCACUACCGCCUGCCCGGGCCCUUCCCUGCCCCCGCGGGGCUCCCGGGGCAGCUCCUUGCGCCCGCCCGUGCCGGGGCUGGGCGGCCACGAGCCCCCGGGCACCCGCCCGGCCACCACCACGGUGGACAGCGUCCAGGCGCCCAUCUCCAGCUGCUCCGUGCCCCCCCGGGCACCCGCGGGCCCCUUCCUGCCCCCCCAGCGCCCGGGGGUGCCCCCAGCACCCUUCCCCUACCCCGCGGGGGGGGUGCAGCCCUUCGGGGCGCCCGCUCAGGCCGCCUUCCCCCCGGCACAGCCCCCGCCCGCCUUCGCCCAGGGCCCGCAGCAGUUCCCCGCGGGUCCCUUCCUGCCCCCGGGCCGAGCCCAGGCGCCCCUGCCCUUCCAGCAGCCGCCCCGGGUCCCGCUGGCGCAGUUCCCGCAGCAGCAGCAGCGCUUCACGGCUCCCGGGGCCCCGCUGCCGCCCCAGCUGUACCCGCUGCCGGGGCAGGACCCGCUGCCCCCCGCGGGGCUCGCCCCGCACCCGGGGGCCGUGCCCUUCCCCAGGACCCCCGCGCAGAGCGGCCCCCCGGCGCUGGGCGGGCUGCCCCCCGUGUCCCCCGCCCUGCCCUUCUGCCCCAGCCCGGCUCCCCCCGGCGCCCCGCUGCCCCCGGGCACCAUGGCCCUGGGUCCGGGCUCAUCGAGGCCGACCCGUACGCGGAGCCCGAGCGCGUGCGGCGGCUGCUGGCGGAGCUGGAGCGGUUCCGCGGCCUGGCCGAGCGGCUGGAGCGGCCCGCGCCCGGCGGCGGCUCCGAGCUGGACGCGCUCUGGAAGGAGCUGCAGGAGGCGCAGGAGCGCGACGCCCGGCAGCGCUCCAUCGCCAUCGCCCGCUGCUACUCCAUGAAGAACCGGCACCAGGACAUCAUGCCCUACGACCGCAACCGCGUCGUGCUGCGCUCGGGCAAGGACGACUACAUCAACGCCAGCCGCGUGGAGGACCUGUCCCCGUACUGCCCCGCGCUCAUCGCCACGCAGGCCCCGCUGCUCGGCACCGCCGCCGACUUCUGGCUCAUGAUCUACGAGCAGAAGGUGUCCGUGGUCGUCAUGCUGGUGUCCGAGCAGGAGCUGGACAAGAAGGUGCUCCGGUACUUCCCGUCGGAGCGGGGCCAGCCCGUGGCGCACGGGCCCCUGAGCGUGGUGCUGACCAGCCUGCGGGUGACCCCCACGCACGUGGAGCGGAUGCUGACGCUGCAGUACCGGGACCAGAGCCUCAAGCGCACCGUGGCGCACCUCCAGUUCACCUCCUGGCCUGAGCUGGGCCUGCCCGACAGCAAGGGGAGCCUGCUGCGCUUCAUCCAGGAGGUGCACGGCCACUACCUGCACCAGCGGCCGCUGCACACGCCGGUGGUGGUGCACUGCAGCUCCGGCGUGGGUCGCACCGGCGCCUUCUGCCUGCUGUACGCCGCCGUGCAGGAGCUGGAGGCCGGGAACGGCAUCCCGGACCUGGCGCAGCUGGUGAGGCGGAUGCGGCAGCAGCGCAAGCACAUGCUGCAGGAGAAGCUGCACCUCAAGUUCUGCUUCGAGGCCGUGCUGCUCCACGCCGAGCAGCUGCUGCUGCGCCACGGCGUGGGCGGCCCCAGCCUGGCCAAGCCCCCCAGCAGCACCUCCCCCAAGCUGUACUUCCAGCAGGACCCGCAGGACCUGGUGCUGGGGGGGGACGUGCCCAUCAGCUCCAUCCAGGCCACCAUCGCCAAGCUCAGCAUCAAAGCGGGGGGGCCCGGCGCCGAGUCCGGCGAGGGCUGGGGGGCGGACCCCGGCCCCGCUCCCGACCCCGUGGAGCCCGAGGCGCCGCCGGCCGUCCCCGACGGCCUCGUGGAUGGUGUCGGUGCCCCCGAGCCCCCCGCCCCGGGGCCGCCCCUCCCCGAGGCGCCGGGUGACACAGAGAGCAGCAACCACGUCGGGGGGGAGAGCCCCGAGGGGCCGGGGGCGCCGGCAGAGCCCCCCGCUGCCCCCCCUGCCGCCUCCUCCUCGUCCCUGGAGCUGCUGGCCUCGCUGACGCCCGAGGCCUUCAGCCUGGACGCGUCCCUCAAGGGCAAGCAGCGCAUGAACAAGCAGAACUUCCUGCAGGCACAGCCGGGCGAGGGGCUGCGGGCGCCCCGGCCCAGCGACGACCCCCUCAGCAUGCUCGACCCCCUCUGGACCCUCAACAAGGCGUGAGGGGGGCGGGGGCCCCCCGGCCCCCAGCCCCGCUUUGUUUGACUCCAGGUAGAACUGACUUUUUCAGCUCUUUGCUACUAAAAUAAAGCGAGUUUAUCUGCAGGGCCGCGUGCUGCCGGGCAGGGGGGCGGAGCGGGCUCGGGUUAGUUCCGUUUAAUGGAUGUUCCGCACACGUUAUAAAACACGAUCGGUACAAAAAGCGUCCCCUGUACAGCACAAAGGUACAGCUGCGCCAAGGCCACCCGCGGGGUGGGCCGGCUCCCGGGGUCCCCCUGCCCCGGGCCGCCGCCGCCUCUACAAUCACCGGGGGUCGAGAACGGAGCCAGGGCGGCUCGGGGCACGGGCCGGGGCCGGUCCGAGCGGGGCCCGUGCCCGGGGGAGCCCCGGCUGCCGCCCCGGGCCCCUCCCCAGCGCCUGCAGGAGGGGGGCGAGAGCUCCGCCCGCUCCCAACCUGAGAAAAGCCUCCUCUGGCCCCGCAGCGGGAGGAGGAGGAAGGGGAGGAGGAGGAGGAAGGUGCUAUUGCUGCAGGAGGGAGCCGGGCGGGGCAGCUGUGCCAGGGCACGGCCAGGGCAGCGCUGCCGGGGCUGGGCCCCGCGCCCCCUGCCCCAAUAAAUAACUAUUUACAGCGUAUAAAUAAAUAGAGUGGGGGCAGCUGCGGCCCCGGGCGGGCUCGGGCGGGGCCCUGCCGCGCCCUAAGGCACGAGGGGGCCGAGCCGCGCCCGGGACGGGCCGGUCCCGCUCCCGGUCCUGGUCCGGUUCUCUCCCGGCUGCCACCCGGGGCUGUUCCGUGUCCUGGGGCGGUGCUGGGCCGGCACAGCCGCCGCUGGGUGUCCGGCCUGGGAGCCACCCCGCUGUCCCCGCCCUGCCCCGUGUCCGUGUGCACGGUGGCGCUGCCGGGGCUCCCCGAGGUGCCGGACCGGGGAGAGCAGAGGGGGGCGGCCCCACCCCGCCCGGUGGCACGGAUGGAGCACGGAGCAGGGCCCGGUCCCUCUCCGGCACAGCCCAGCCCCGCCGGCCCCUCGUGCUGCUCAGUCCAACUUCUCCAGCACCGAGGGCAC